AUGCUUACGCCAAGGAAUGGAUCUGUCUCGCGCGUCGGCAAGAUCCCCCCGUUUCGCCGUACUGUGGACUUGGAUACCAAUCGCUGCACGUGCACAUACAUGGAUCAACACCAGAUUCCAUGCAAGCACAUGCUCACCGUACUAAAUGUAGUCGGUGAGCUGGAGUCGGCUUAUUCAGGCUUUGGAUCGUGUUACAUGAUCGAAAGCUACUCAAAAGCGUUUUCGGCAGCCUCCGUGAUGAUUCCAGCUUCUACCGAGCUUACUAGAGCCCCGCUACUACCUGCCCAGAGAAAUAAAACACCUCGCGGAAGAAAGCGCGUCAAACGAAUCCCUAGUGCUGGUGAAAGCAGACCGACUCGCGCUCAACACUGCACAAACUGCGGCGAACCCAGCCAUAACCGCAAAACAUGA